AUGUAUUUCGCGUGGAUUUUGCUCAUUUCUUCUUUUGAAGCUUUUCGACCCAAGCCCCGCGCUGAUUGCCCGGAUGAAGACCUUGCUCUUACUUGUGAUUCGUAUUGCUACAAGGACUUUGUCGAAUGUAAGGACUCAUGCUUGUCAAGUGGCUGCGAACGUGAAUGUUUGGCUACGUACACCGAUUGCUAUGAAGUCUGCCCUUGCUUUUCCAAGUGCCCUCUUGGCUGUGCUGACUGCGACAAUUCGAUAUGUUCCUGUGUUUCUCCUCAAGAAAACAACAGUCUGUACAAGCAGUGCAUCGACGAGGCAUCGACUGAAUUUACUGGAUGCGUCAAAAACUGCACCGCGAGCCCGACCUGUUAUGAAAAUUGCUUUUCCGGUUUCAUGAAAGAAAGCGAAAAAUGUCCCUGUAAUGCGAAGUGCGAGCUUGGCUGUCCGUGCGAUGAUGGAUACAAGUGUCAACCGUUCAUCACCGCUAUUUGCCAGUACAGCUCGAAUCAUUUUGGAUAUGUCAUGUCUGCGGAUGGACAUUACAAGGAAGAUCGAUUCUACAACAGAAGCUAUCCAUUUCUUCAUCGAGCUGGACAUGCUCUUCUCAACGGCCAGAUGAUGAUUUUCGGCGGAGAUCAAGACUCAAAGAAGAUCGGACGAAUUGACGGCUGCGACCUCGUCGACACUGGAAAACGACUUAUAAACAAUUUUUACUCUUAUUAUGGAGCGCUUGUUACGGUCCCCGAGGUCCACGAGGAAACGAUUUUGUGCGAAGGAUACAAUGGAAAGUCCUGCGAAAGCUUCGAUGGAAGUGUUUCAUUGGCCAUCAGCGAGACGAAAGAACAACAUCAAUACAGUUGUAUGGCGCUUUACGAAAAUCAGGCCUUGAUUAUUGCUGGAAGUUAUACAAAUGGAACGGAGGUUCUCAGCGUCAGUGGCUGGCAAUCAGAAGCUGAACAUCCAGAAGGAGAUCUUUAUGGGCUCUCAUGCGCUUCAGUUGAUGGUGGAGUUCUCACGAUUGGUGGUUAUAGCGGUGGCUAUAAGAAAACUGUUUAUUUGUUCAAGAAUGAGCAAUGGACUCUUGUCGGCGAAUUGAAAAAUAAUUUUUAUUUUGGGUCGAUGAUGAUGUUUGAUGAUUAUUUUAUUGCUUUUGAUGGUUACGGUGAUUAUCAAGUUGAACGCGCCGAAUGGAAUGGCACUCACGUGACAUCCUCUCAAACCCUCUCUUCGCACGAAGUUGGCUGCUACCGUCCGAUUGUUUUCGAAUCCGACCCAGAUCAAUGCUCUCAGUUUUGCUCCAACGAUUUCUGCUACGUCUAA